AUGCAGAUUUGGCAGCCUUUGUAGAGAGAGAGAGAGAGAGAGAGAGAGAGUUAGAUCAGAGGGAGUUUUAGAGUGGCAAUGGCGAGAUUUGUUUACGGCAGCACUGAGGAGACGGCGAUCGACCGGAUUAUGCUUAGAUUCCGGCCGAUUGCGCCGAAGCCGGCCCCUGACGGCUCUAAACCAGGCCAUUUAACGACGGAGAUCGGGAAAAGACCGAGUGUAAAUGGAAGAACGAAGAGGAAGUACGUUAGGGUUACGAAGAACAAGCAGUGUAAGACGAAUAACACGCAACUUACUAGAGGAGAGCCUAAGAAGAGGCAAAAGAAAAGAGUCGUGACGCAGCGGCUGCUGCCGGAGAGACCAGGCGGCGAGGAUUUGUCGGCCGGAGGAUCUUGCCGUGGUCUUGACCGCACAUCAGGUGGAGGAGGUAUUGAGCACUCAUUCUUCUGGUUGAGCUUUGAGGACUAUCGGAGUACUGAUUUAGCGGCUUCCGGAGAGUCGGAAUCGGCUGUGGUUAAGGCGCUUCCGACGCCGGACAGAGUGGUGAUUGAGUCCUGGGUGACUAUGGCGUGCUUGACGGUGAUAUGCAUGGACACGGAGGCAGGAGGAGGGGAACGGUUAGGCUUGACCGAUUUCGAUAUACUGAAGAACCUGGAGGAAGAUACUUGUCCAGGAUUCGUAUCGGACAGCGUUAAUUUGGUGCGGUGGGUGAAUGGAGCCUUCAAGAAGAUGAUGUGGCAAGGGGAUCAUGAAAGACGCUCUGCGACGGAGUAUAGGGUUUGGUUAGUGAUAAAGGAGAGGAUUCCCGUAUUAUUACCUGGAUUCGGGUGCAUGGUGAGGCUGCAAUACAAUAGUCGAGUUGAGCAGAGGAAGUACUCGAUGACUGUGCCGUGUGAUGUCUGGAGGAUGGACAGUGGAGGGUUUGCAUGGCGCCUCGACGUUAGGGCCGCUCUGAGUUUGGGAAUUUGAAGCAUGCAAAAGCAGAGACGAACGAAAGCCACUCCACCUAUAUACUGAGCAAAUAUUGUUGGCUUCCUACAGAUGCUACGUGAAAGCUACUUCAGCAACUUUAUCAGUUUGUGGUCGGUAUACAAAAUGUAAAUUGUGUUCUCAAGGCUUUGAGACUCGUUGCCAGAUACAUGGACGAUGCCGGUCAUUCUUCUACAUCUCUAAUUCGUCCCGGCUUUGCUUCUAUCCUUAUGCGAGAGCUUGUUUCAGGUUAUUAAAGGACUAGCUCAUUGAAUAAGGAUUAUGUUGCGGGGCAUCAAGGAGAUGGAUUUUUCCUUUUUAAGUGUUAGCCAAAAGUUGUGGAAUUCGGUGUGUUUAUAAAAGCGCGAGUAUGUAUAUGAAGUUUCUUUGCGGUGUAUGUAAUACAUGUAAAAGCAAAGUAUUUCCGGUUUGUUGUUUGAGCUGCACAAACGCGCCUUGCUCGAUUUACAACACAGACAAGGACUAGCCUAACCAUGCACAGGGAGAGCGAGUGCAAUUGCUGAUGAUGAUUAAUCUCAUCUUUGAUCCUUCAUCCCACCCCCCGCCGGCACCAAUUUGUUUGGUGAAUUUAAUGAAGGCCAUCUGGUCAUGGCUUCUUAGGAUUCGAAUGGUUCCACUUCUGUGGAAUUAUUUUCACUAGUCAGGCUAUAUCUAGCAGCGUUUUCCAGCUACACUUCAAAGGCACUACCCACUCCAGCAGAUGGGUCCAAAAUCGGGCUAUUGCAUCAUCCCCCGGUUAAGUUUGGCUUAUUUUCCUUGCGAAGUUGCAAUAUGUGUAUACUACGAAGUACGAACCAUCCAAGGCAGGCCCAUAAAUAGUGGUGCACAUGUACAUUUGUUGCCAAAAAACGGAGGACAAAAUACAAUUGUUACAUCCCCAACCUCUACAUUGUGUGAAGUGGAAGUAUGCUUUGUAGAUAAAAGUAACCAACCAUCCAGUUUAUUGUGCGCAUGGGGCCUCGAGCAUUCAGUGGCUCUAGCAUACAACCCGCCAUAAAUUGUAAAGGAAUCGCCUACGAAUUAUAGGAUAAAAAAAUAAAAAUCUCCAGUCCAAAGAUGAACCAUGACUUUUAAGCCUCUUAAAAUGUGGGAAAACCACCAAGUGCAGUACUGCAUAACAAUGCACCAUGACUAAGCCUUUAAAAUCCAGGAAACACAAAUGUCGUACAGCAGAAUAGGUUCACUUGAACCCCACACCUUCCCCCCACCACCCCCCCC